AUGUUUCUCUCUGUCCUGGCCGCCUCCCUCUUUACCACGGCGUCCCUAGCCAGGGAAAUCCGGUCGCUGCACCCAGUAGGAGUGACCGUAGUGAGCCGUGAUGAGGAUCUGCUGGAAAAAUAUCGCGGCCAGGUCACAAGACUUCAUGACGCGAUAUCAAACGCUACCCAAUGCUACACCGACUUCAUUGACAACCUUCACAAGGCGGAACCUGAUACUUUGCAUACUAUCAACGCUUGUGGUGAUAAAAAUGAAGCAGCCCGAGCUGAGUUGGCUGCGACCCAUGAGAUAGCCAGGAGCCCAGCCUUUCCUUCAGACAAACUGUUUUCAGCUCAAUUGCCCGACGUCCUCGACAGUCGAACCAGCCUCCAGGGCCCGUGGACCAAAGAUCUACAAGACCGGGUUCACCAAUUGACUCUUGAGUCGCUAAACGCGGUCGAGGCAAGCAAGCGAGCAGCACUCUUGCCAGAGUACCGAAAGCACGUAACAGCGCUCUACGACCAUCUAUCCAAAGCCGUCACAUGCUACGAGGCGUAUGACAACAAUGUCCAGAAGCCAGGUGCUAAUCCUGACAGCAUCGACGCCUGUGACACGGAAUACGACGCCGUUGCGCGCUCUCUUCGCGAUGCCCGCAGCACGGCCUACCAGCCCGACUUUCCCGACGGCAACUGGCUCUUUGAGGCUAAAAUCCCGGAUAUGCGCGACAAUCGUAACCAGAAAAAAUUAGACGAGUUGCGCGACGCGGCCAAACACGCAUUCGAGAUCAAAGAUCAGGCGAAGCUGGUGAAGAACUACCACGAAGAAGUCACCGAUCUUCAGCGCCGCCUCGCAAGUGCCACCAAAUGCUACGUAGACUACAUCGACCACAUCCAUAGGGAAGACAUUACAGACGAGGGAUACAAGUCGCGAGCUGAUCAGGCCUGCAACGAGGCCUACAGGCAAAUCCAGGCCAAGCUCACCGAGGUGCGUGCGGCGGCCAGCAAGCCCAACUUUCCUGGGGCGUCGUGGCUGUUCAACGCCCAUCUUCCUGAUAUCACGGACGGGCGGGCAGAGCUCCAGAGCGAAUGGACGAAAAACUUGGAGGGGAAGCUUCGCGAGCUGACGCAGGCGGCGGACCGGGCUGAUAGAGCGGGUAUCCAGGCGGACGACAAGCUCACGCAGUUCAAUGCCACUGUGUUGCAGGAGGUUGUGCCGCUGGUGAAUAAGACGGCUAUGGAGACGGCAGAGGUGCUGGUCAAGUACGUUGCGCUUAACCUUCUCACGCAGGGGAAGACGGCGGAGGAUGUCAAGGACGCUGCGAAUAAGGCCUUGCUUGGUUUUGUAAAGGGACUGGGGCACGACAUGGUUGAUGGUGUGUUGAAGGAUGUGGCUGCCGCGGAAGACAAGGAACGAAAUGAUGCUGCCGACGACUUAGACGAAUAUAUUCUAUUCGGCGCCGAAGAUCUCGUCCCACUCAAGGAGCAUGAUGGAAACGGCCACUGGGCCGUGCGUGAACCGACGCUGCGCACACUCAAUGGAGAAGAGUACAGCGUCAAACGAUAUCGGCCACGAGCCGAAGGACUCUUCUCGGUCAUUGAGCACUGGACUAAGAACACCGGAGAAAUUCACUGGCGGUCGAUUUCGAAGCAUAAUGUAACUACCUUAUAUGGCACCAAUAACGAAUCCCGUGUUUUUGAUCCAGAAGACCCCGACUCCUCGAAGCCCACCCGAAUAUUUAGCUGGCUCAUUACCGAGAGCUUCGAUGAUAACCAGCCGUGUGAACAUAACCGCACUGAGACAGCGCGAUAUGCCGCCUGGUAUCUGAAGCGCAUCAAAUAUGGAAACAGACAAUCGCGCUUCGUCCAACCCAUCCCUGCGGACACCAACUGGAUGUUUGAAGUUGUCAUAGACUAUAGAGAUCAUGAUUUUGACCGACCGACACCCACAUCGCAGAACCCAUGGUUAUGCCGGAAUGAUCCUUUCUCCGUCUACCGCGCCGGCUUUGAGGUCAACGUUCGGCACUACCGCCUAUGCCAGCGCGUUCUUAUGUUCCACCGCUUUCCGGACGAAGUGGAUAUUGGCGUAAACUGCCUAAGCUUGGGCAAUCUUCCCACCGGGCUGGGUUCGGACAAGUAUCACUGGGUAAACUUGGACGGAGAAGGCAUAGCAUGCGUAUUGACCGAGCAAGGAAACACUUGGUUCUAUAAACGAAACUUUGGCGAUGCCGAGCUGGGCCCCUUGGAAAUCGUAGCUCAAAAGCCGUCCUCUAUCCCGCUCAACGGGAAGUCGCAGCUCCUCGACCUCGGCGGAAAUGGACAGCUUAGUCUCGUGGACUUUUUGGUAGUCACGCCAGGGUUCUUCAAGAAGAUAGCAAAUGAAGAUUGGUCGUCAUUUACGCCUUUCAAAUUCCUCCCAAAUAUUCGCUGGGACGAUCCGACGCUACUAGUUAUAGAUCUCACAGGUGAUGGGCGCGCCGACAUUAUUACGAGUGAUAAUCAAGUAUUCACUUGGUAUUCUUUCUUGGCCGAAGACGGAUUCGCACUUAUAGAGCUCUAG